UAUAAAAAGAUGAAACCAGUUGCACUGUUUGGUAGCUUUCUUUAUAGUUUGAAACUUUCAAUAAUGCCAUCAACUUGAGCUCUCUUAUUGUGUUCUUUUUGAAAUCAUUCUUUGUUUCUAUCUUUCUUAUAUUCUUAUGCAGCCUUUUGGAAUCUUUGAUCUUUAUCUUCUCAAGGAUUUGCAUUAAUGGAAUAUCUACUUGAGCUUGUUCUUGAGUCUUCUUUGAGUUCAUUAAUUCCUGUUUCAAUCUUUUCUGUAUUCAUAUGAUUGGAUUUCUUUGAGUUUGUUUACAAUGAACGCUCAGAAGAUUGUUUGCCAUGAGCAUCAACAGAAAUCAUUGAAUGAUGAUUCUUUUGGAUGUUCAAUUGAGAGUUUUGGUUCAACGAGAAGAAAUGAAUCAGCAGCAUCUUUUUCAGCCAUGUAUUUCUGAUUCAUUUCCUCCUAGUUCUAUUAGAUCAAAUCCUGCUUCUUUUUAUGCUACUGAGCUUUUGAUGGGAUUUCCUUGGUUUGAUAAUCGACUCAGAGGAGCUCGUUCCCUAACUGAUACUCUUCCUCAAUUCGAUUGUUCUGCAGUUUCUCAAAACAUAGACAGAGUUCAAUUCAGAAAUACUGCAGAAAAUGAGCUUCAAUCAGUUGGACAAAGUAUGCAAAUGAUGGGGGAAAAGGUUUCACCAGGAAAAUCAAACACCAAUAAAACAAGAAUUCAAUGGGCUCAGGAUCUUCAUGAGAAGUUUGUUGAAGCGGUUAAUCGCCUUGGAGGUGCAGAGAAAGCAACUCCGAAAGGGAUACUGAACAUUGCAGUGCCAUGGAAAUUACAGAGGCUUUGAGACUUCAAUUAGAUGUUCAAAGGAGUCUUCUUGAGCAGUUGGAGAUUCAGAAAAUAUCUGCAGAUGAGGAUUGAAGCACAGGGAAAGAAACUCCAGCAGAUGUUUGAACAACAACUGAAAACAAAUAUUAAUCUUGUUGAGCCAUUGAAUUUCGAUAUCCUACUUUCAGAUGAGCAACCAAUAACUCUUGACGGAGAUUUGUCUUUUGAGCAAUAUAAAAGGACAGAUUAACAAACAUUCUUCAUAAAAUGUCAGUCGAUUAUGAAAUGAAGAUAAAGCAGUGCUGUGAAGGAUCAUUAUUUCUGAAACACAGCAAACAGAUUGAAAAUGACACCGCAAAUGACUUUGUACUGAAAAGCAAAAAAUUGCAGAUUGAUUGUUAAAUAAUUUGAUAGAUCACAUACAG